GUAGAGAGCUGCAGCUUCGCGGACAGUCAGUGAGAGAGUCCGCGGGCAGAGACAUGGCUGCCGAGGAGUAUGGAGAACCUUCCAAACAUGAUCCUACCUUCAAGGGUCCCAUCAAGUCUCGGAGCUGCACGGACAUCAUAUGCUGUAUCCUCUUCAUGGCUUUUAUUGGGGGAUAUUUUGUAGUUGGAAUAAUGGCCUGGUUGUACGGGGAUCCACGCCAAGUUAUAUAUCCCCGAAAUUCAACUGGAAUGUACUGCGGGGUUGGAGAUAAUAAAGACAAGCCGUAUGUCUUAUAUUUUAAUUUAUUGAAGUGUAUCUCUGCAACGAAUGUCUUGGCUGCAACAUUGAAUGGAUUCCAGUGUCCCACUACUCAGAUCUGUGUCAAAGAAUGUCCAAAUGAUUUCUACUGGCCACCCCUUAAGUUUAAUAGUACUUUUUGCCUGCCAGGGACCAAUCCAACAAUAACUAAUAUAUUUGAACUGAUUAAUCAGGAAAAAUGUCCGGCAUUUCUUGUUCCCUCUACUCCCUUUUUAAACAGAUGUUUCCCGAACGCCAACCUCAAAGUUCCUGAAAAUUUUACAGUUAACAGCUUGAUCGGAGACCAGACACUUCCUAGUAUUACGAAUGCCUCUAAUGCCAUAGCGAACACCUUCAACUUGCAGAACUUGGGGAAGAAAAUAUUUGAGGAUUUUGCAAAGUCCUGGAUUUGGAUCCUCGUUGGACUGGUUAUAGCUAUGCUGGUCAGCCUCCUGUUCCUCCUCCUCCUUCGAUUCACUGCUGGGAUCCUGGUCUGGGUCCUCAUCAUUGGUGUCAUUGGGGUCACGGCAUAUGGGAUAUAUCACUGUUACACAGAGUACGAUGCGCUGAAUAAAAGUGGAAGUACAAUCCAGAAUGUUGGUUUUACUGUGAACAUAGGUGUUUACUUCAAUGUGAAGGAGACAUGGCUGGCGAUCAUGAUCAUACUAAUUGUUGUUGAAGUGAUCCUCCUCUUACUUCUACUGUUCCUCAGAAAGCGGAUUCUCAUUGCAAUCGCUCUGAUUAAAGAAGCCAGCAAGGCUAUUGGUCACAUAAUGUCCUCUCUUUUUUACCCUAUCGUGACUUUCGUCCUCCUGCUGGUCUGUAUCGCAUACUGGGGCAUAACGGCCUUAUACCUUGCUACGUCUGGAGCUCCAUUAUACAUAGUGUCUGUUGCAAACACAACGUUCCCAGGAUGUGCAAAUAUCACUGGCAAUAAGACCUGUGAUCCUAUGACAUUCAAUGCUUCCAGUACAGGCUGCAGUGAAGCUCAGUGUAUUUUCUAUAAGUACAAUACUGAGGGACUCUACCAGACCAACCUCUUCAACCUGCAGAUAUACAAUGUCAUUGGGUUCCUGUGGUGCAUGAAUUUUGUCAUUGCUCUUGGACAGUGCGUGAUGGCUGGAGCAUUCGCGUCCUACUACUGGGCCUUCAACAAACCCAGAGACAUCCCUUUCUUCCCAGUAUCUGCUGCCUUCAUGAGAACACUCAGAUAUCACACUGGAUCACUAGCAUUUGGAGCCCUGAUUCUCACCAUCAUCCAAGUCAUCAGGAUCAUACUGGAAUAUCUUGACCACAAACUGAAAAACGUCCAUAAUCCCUGUACACGCUUCCUCCUCUGCUGCCUGAAAUGCUGCUUCUGGUGUCUGGAGAAAUUCAUCAAAUUCCUAAACCGCAAUGCAUAUAUCAUGAUUGCGGUGUACGGGAAGAAUUUCUGUGUUUCCGCUAAAAACGCCUUCAAACUCUUGAUGAGGAACGUUUUGAGGGUGGUUGUUCUGGAUAAAGUGACCGACUUGCUCAUACUUUUUGGGAAAUUGAUUGUAGUUGGAGGAGUAGGAGUCCUUGCGUUCUUUUUCUUUUCUAAUAAGUUAAAGAUUGACAACGAUGCUUUCAAGCCCCCAAAUCUGAACUAUUAUUGGAUCCCCAUUUUGACGAUAGUCGUUGGGUCAUACAUGAUUGCUCAAGGCUUCUUUAGCGUGUAUACUAUGUGCGUGGACACUUUGUUCCUGUGUUUCUUGGAAGAUUUAGAACGUAAUGAUGGGUCUCAAGAAAAGCCAUAUUACAUGCCCAAAUCACUCAUGUCUAUUCUGAAUAAGAAGAAUCGACCACCAGAGUCAGAAGUGAAGAAGAAGAAAAAGAAAUAAUGCAUGGCUUGGGUGGAAUGUUACUUUCUAUUCGUUAUCAUCACUCCGAGCGUGAAGUGACCAAACUUCCUUCAUAAUCAGAUAUCAUAUCGCAUUCGAUACGUUGUUGAUUUUUUUAUAUAAAAUACUUUUUUUUGUCACUUCCUGCUGCUGGCCAUAGCCGCCCUAUUUAGAGAUGGUGGUAGAAUUGUUUACAUUUCAGUUACUUAAUACAUAUCUGUGAAAAUAGGGCUUUAGAGUGAGAAGGGCUUAGAACAACGCUCAGUGUUCUCUUCUGUGACCUCACUUCCAGUUUAAAGGAAACGAUUUUUGUAUUUCACAUGUCUCUCGUUUGGUUUUCCUCUCAAUUUCUUCUGUUUACUAUGCAUGUUUUUGUACAAACAUUGGUUUUAUAAAUACCACAUUAUUUUAUUUUACAGUUUUCAAGUAAUUGUCACAUCGUUUUCAGUAUGUUGGAAUCUGAUGUCCAGUUCCCCUCUGUCAUACAUGUCAGAUCUCGUUUAAUGACAGAAUUGGUGGGUCAGGGGUCCAAAGCCCUUAUUUUAAUUUUUAAACCAUUUUAUUGGACAGAAAAUAGGUGGGUUCUUGACCGGAUAGGUGGAGCUUUGGCAUUAGUGUGGGGCAGGUUCAAUAUUGACUGGUGUAGGUUGAGAUAGGUCAGUGGAGGGAGCAACUAAAAUCAUGACCCCUUCCCAAAGGCAUUCAUACUUCCAACAUUCCACCAUCUUCCACACACACAUCGUUACCAUUUCGGCCAUUCACCUUGGUUAAAUGUGCCUUCAUCUGGAUCUUUGCAACCUGUAAGAAUGUGAAUUCUGUUUUUAGGCAUCUUUAACCUAGAAUUAGUCAUAGACUGAAGGAAUCUUAUUUAUAAAGUUUCUGCGUAGCCAAAGAUAAGGCGUUAAUAUGAGCCCUAGAGUUAAUUAAAAUGCACUUUAUAGUGUAUAUAAACUGUGUAAAUGAAUUUAGUCCUUUGAUUUUUAUCUACUGAUUAAUAUUUUAAAUAGAUAUUAAAUCCUAUAUUACUGUACACUCAAUGAGUUUGUGUAUAUAUAAAUAUUUUGUAUAUGUGUGUGAAGAGCAAUACAACAAAAAUGAAUUAUAUUUAUAUAAUAGUUUAAUAAACUGGUUCAUUAAUGA